AUGACUGGGCAGCUGCCGUCGCCAGCCAAUCGCACGCGCUUCAAGACACCAGAAGGGCGUUACCUGCUGUCGCACGAGAAGGUUCACCCGGCCGGGCUUAUCCAGUACACCCAUCAGCGCAAUCCCACCAAGAUCACAUUAGCGUAUCUCGAGGACCGGCCUCCCCCUCUUCCGCCUCCGUCGCCGUCACCUGUUGCCACGUCAGCAGGUUCCAGAUUCGCCAAGAACUUCUUAGGGGCGGGGAGCGGCACGCGUGGACUGCCUUUCGGCGGCGGAAAUGGCCGUCAGUCAGCAGCGGCGCCAGCAGCCAGUGGCGCGUCCGCGGGCACGGGGAGUGCAGGGGCGAGCAAUGGGGCGGUGGGGGGAGCAGGCGGAGCGGGAGGGGCGGGGGAGAAGGAGAAGGCGGGGGGCGAGGGCGAGGGGUCGUACGUGAUCUUUAACGUUGGCGAAUCACUCUUUGUCGCGGACGCCAACAGCACGGACAAGGAGCCCCUGAAGGCGCUGCAGUUCAUGGGGGCGAGCGGGCUGUGCCACGCGUUUGACGGUGCUGUGGCGAGCAGGGAGGCACAGGGCACGGCGGGCAGAGACGCACACGACCUGCUCAUCGCCACCACUGCCGGCGACAUCUACACAGCAUCGCUGAGAGCCCAGCUAGCAGACGGCAGCAAGAAGCUGGUGGGGGCGGCACACUACAGCCCGCGGGACGGCACCGGCAGCAGCAGCGGCAGCGGGGGGAGCAGCAGCGGGGGGGGCAAGGAGGGCAGCGGCGGCAGCAGCAGUCGGUGCACGGCAGUGGCGUGGGUGCCGGGGGGAGAUGGGCUGUUUGUGACGGCGCAUGCGGAUGGGAACGUGUAUGUCUUUGACAAGCACCGUGAUGGCACCACGGAGGCAGGCUUUCCGCCCAUCAAGGACGUGCAUGCCUUCUCCACCGCUCAUGCGCGCUCCAACAAGAGCAACCCGUUGGCGCGGUGGCACAUCUCGCCAUCAUCAAUCAACGCCCUCGCCUUCUCGCCCUCGGGCUCACACCUGGCCACUGUCUCCCGUGAUGGCUACCUGCGAGUGUAUGACUGGGAGCGAGAGGCCCUGGAGGGCGGGUGCAAGAGCUACUACGGGGCGUUCCUGUGCUGCGCGUUCAGCAGCGACGGGCGGCUGGUGGCGGCAGGCGGGGAGGACGAUUUGGUGGCCGUGUGGGACCGCCACUCCCACUCCGUGCUGGCGUGGUCACAGCAGUGGCGUUCGACCCCUUCCUCUCCACCACGCCCCCCCACCCACCCACCACCAUCUUUCUGUCUCAACAUAGCACUCUCUCCCUUCUUCCGCUCUGCUCUCUCCCUGCAGGUCACAGCAGUGGCGUUCGACCCCUUCCUCUCCACCACGCCCCCCCAACCACCACCAUCUCUCUGUCUCAACAUAGCACUCUCUCCCUUCUUCCGCUCCGCUCUCUCCCUGCAGGUCACAGCAGUUGCGUUCGACCCCUUCCUCCCCGCCAUCCCCCCCCCGCCCUCCACCACAGCUGCCGCCGCCGCCACUCCACCCUCCUCCUCCUCCAUCCCCACCAGCAGCGCCAGCACGGGCAGUGGUGCGGGUGGGGGUGUGGUAGUGGCGGCGGGUGGGGCCGAGGGGAGCUACAGACUGGGGUCCGUGGGGCAGGACACGCAGCUGUUGCUGUGGGACAUAGCUUUAGACGAUGUGGUGCUCCCCUUGCGCCUCCAUGCAUCCCAUCCGCACCACCAGUCAGCAGCUGCCACGUCAGCAUCCCACCCUCAUGACGUGGCAUCGACCAGAACCCCGCCAACCGCCCACCCGCAUUCUCGCUCGCACUUCUCCCACUUCCACUCUCACGCACCCGGCCAUGCCUCUCCCAACCGAACACAUGGCGCCACGUCAGCAUCACCAUCCACAUCAGCUGCCACGUCAGCGUCAUCAUUAGGUCUGGGCAGAUCCAGCGGUGCCCGGAGCUCCAGUGGGGCAGGGAGUGGUGCCGGUGGGGCCGGCAGCAGCAGCAGCAGUGGGGGCGGGGUUGGCAGCGGUGGUGGCAGCAGCAGUGGGGCUUUAAGAGAUGCAUCGGCAUCGAAUGCAUCACAUGCAAGCAAUGCAGCAGCGGUGCUGGUGCCUCCUCCUUCCCGCAAGGACGUGCCGCGAAUAUCGCCAGUGAUGGCGCAUAAGGUGCACGUGGAGCCGCUAUCAGCACUCGUCUUCUCACAAGACGCCGUGCUGACCGCCUGUCACGAGGGCUGCGUUAAGCUCUGGCUGCGACCAGGCGCCACCCCCCCUCCCGGCAGCAUUGCCGCCACCUCCACUCCUGCCCCUUCUGGUGCCGGUGCUGCGCCUGUUCCUGCUGCUGGUGUUGCUGCUGCUGCCACUGCAGCCGUGCCUGCAGCGUCCGCCUCGCCUCUCCGGGGGGACCCCCAGUCAGCCUCUCCCGCCCUCCAUCUGUCCGACCGGGGGCCUGCCAGCCACCGCACGGGCACGGCAGAAGCUGCUGCUGGUGCAGGUGCUGGUGGUGCUGCUGGUGCGACCGGUGGUGGCAGCAUGAGUGCCACUGCUGCGUCGGGUGCAGCGACAGCGGUGGCAGCGGGGGGGAGUGCCAGAAGUGCUGUUUCCGGGCAACGAGGAUUCAGAUGA